UUUAAAUUAAUUUUUGCAACAGCGUUUGCGGGUAAAAAUAAAUAGUUGGUAAUUUUUUAUAAUAUCAUAAUUUGAUUAAUUAUCCAAAAUAAAAGCAUUGAAAGGCAAGAAUGGAAGUUACUUCGGAGCCUGGUUUAAUAAGGCAUUUUACUGGUCACAAGGCAAAAAUAACUGAUGUCGUUUUUGAUAAUAACACAAACCAAAUCGCUUCUAGUUCCUUCGAUGGAACCGUCAUGGUCUGGAAUUUUCAUCAAGUUGCAAGAUGUAUGCGUUUUAGUACUCACACCGAUAAAGUUAAUUCAAUAGCUUGGUCCCCAACAGCAGAUUUAAUAGCUUCGUGUUCUAAUGAUAAAACAGCUAGAGUAUGGCAACCCAAGAUUAAAAGUUCUGUAGGUGAGAUGUUUUGCCAUUCAAACGUUGUUAGAUCGGUCGAUUUUGAUCCAGAUGGAGAAAUUCUACUAACAGGAUCAGAUGACAAAUCUCUCAAAUUAUGGAGAGUAAGUAAUAAAAAGUUUAUAACUUCAUUUACUGGCCAUACAAAUUGGAUUCGAAGCGCAAAAUUCAGUCCUUCUGGAAAUUUAAUAGCAUCAUGUGGCGAUGAUAAGACUAUAAGAAUCUUUGAUGUUACAAGUGGAACAUGUAUUCACACUUUCCAAGAAAGACAGGGGAUGGGCCGAUAUAUUGCCUGGCACCCUGAUAGUAGUAUUGUCGCCGUAGCUUUGACUUGCAAUCGAGUCAAAAUAUUUGAUGUACAACAAAGGAAAUUAAUUCAAUUAUAUGCAGUUCAUUCGCAAAAAGUGAACUCAAUAUCGUUCCAUCCGUCCGGGAAUUUUUUGAUAACUGCAAGUGAUGAUACAACUAUUAAAAUUUUAGAUUUGCUGGAAGGAAGGCCGAUAUAUACUAUAACAGGGCAUUUAGAUGGAGUUACGGCCGUAUCCUUCUCACAAGAUGGCAAUUAUUUUGCAACUGGCGGUCAAGAUAGACAACUAAUGAUAUGGAAAACAAACUUUUGUGAUGUGGACUCUCCUAAUCAUUCAACAAGUCUUGAAAUGAGCGGAAUAACUCCAUUGCUCCCAGAAAGUGAUGAUGCUUUAGUGGAAAAUGCUCAUCAAUUAAAACGAAUCGGAAAUUUAGAAGGAAAAAAUAAAAAUAACCAAGAUGCUGAUCAAAGCGUUUUCGUCGAUCCAAGAAACACAGAAGCUUACAAAAAUAAAAUAAGAUUUUCAGAAUAUGAUUCGUAAUGAUUUUAAUUAUAAAGAGGGUACAAUAAUUAUAUUAGAUUAUUUUUAAUGAUAUGUAUGUUUUUAUUUAUAACGUCUUUUAUUGUAUUUAUGUCUUCAGUUUUUCGUUCAACUUCUUCUAACAUUUUUUUAUUCUGCCCAGAUUUU